AUGGUGCGGACAGCCCGCUUGAUAAGAGAUGAUUGGCUAGACAUAGUGAUGGUUACUGGUACGAAAGGUCAGCUUGGCGAUGAUAUGAGUAAGGGUCUGAAAAGUGAUUGGUCGCUCGUUAAGGGCCGUAUCCAUAAUGUAGUGUCGCCCUCAUUCGCUUCCCCAACGUCCAAUAUCACGAGGUACAUUGACCAGCCGUCAGCAAACUCCUCACCAACACUUGACGAACUUCCGGAUGGAACUGAGUUCCCGUCAGAUACUGUAGGCUCGCAUGAUGUUGCUACCUUACCUUCCCCAUAUCUACCUCCUCAAGGUCACUCCGAUCAUGAAAUCCUUACUCCAGUCGAGCUUUCCAGUGGAAUUCAAGUACCUCCAGAAACCAUCAACUCGCGUGAUGCAGCUGCAUCACCUUCCCCAUCUCUUCCUCCUCAAAGCUCCUUUCAUCCUCAAAUAGUGACUGCUUCAGCUUCCACUCCGGUCCUGGCCUCGCCUCUGAAGUCAUUUUGGAAGCGCUUUCCUAUGUUCAAUGGGUCUGCAGCAUCUGUAGACUCCAGGUGGUGGAAAUUCCCUCGCAUUGGUAGCAUCACAUACGCAAGUCCUUUUCUCUAUGAAUAUUGUCCUGAAUUUGAUCCCUAG